CUCUGCCCGACCUAAAGUCUCUGGAACACCGUGUAUCUCAUCCUGGAACAGUUAAGUGUACUCGCAGAAAACAAUAGCUUGACUGUUUUCCUGACAGUAUGCAUGGCUACAACCUCCAGCUAAAUUUGCUUCUCUGUACAAUUCAAACCGUAGCCUCUUUUAUCCAGCUGGAGCCCAUGGUGGUUACUGUGUUGCGGGAUAGUGCCGUACACUUUAACUGCAGCACUAAUGAAUCCUGGGAUGUCAUGACGUGGCUGUUGGAUGGAAGAACAAUUCUCACCAUCUCAGUACAUCAUGGUCCUCUGGGCAGUGAUGAGAUUGUGUCUACGUUAAAUCACUCCACGUCAGCUCUCUCAGUGUGGGAGUUAAUCCUGAUGAAUGCCCCAUUUAAACCUAAAGCGCAGGAGGUCAGAUGUGAGUUCCUGCCCACGAAAUCCAGCAGACCCUCUUCGACCCUGUUUGUACAAGAAAACGGAAAUGUCAGCAUAUUAGAGGGUGACCUGUCGGCUCAAGAGGGGACACUUGUGAUGUUUCAUUGCCAGGCGAUGGGCUGGUAUCCGAGCCCUACAGUAUCCUGGGCCAUGAGCUACAUCGCUGUGGACAGAAGUGACUUUAACACCAGUGAUCUUCAGGACCCCGACGGCCUGUUUAACUCCAUCAGUGUACUUCAGAUAAAAGCAGAAAUGAGCACCACAGUCGAAUGUCAGGUGUCUGCUGCUCCAGCACAUCAAACCAGCAGCAUCAAACUGACUGUAGUGCAGCCCGAAACUACACAGGACUAUAUGGCUGUGAUUGCAGUAACAGUGAUAGUGUGUACGGUCGUUCUGCUGGUCGCCCUCGUCCUGAUCCUAUACUACAAACGAAAACUUACAAAAACCGCUUUAAAAAAUACAUUCAGCUCUUCCUCUCCAUGGACUGUCAACUUGGAUGGGAUAGAAACAUCUGUUGCUGGGGAAACCAGAGGCAAGAUUAACAGAGGAUACCAUGCUGAAGAUGCAACAGGUUCAGGACACAGUGACCUUUCCAACAGAGCUGACAGCAUGACAAACAUCACUAGCCCUCCACGGCACACCUCUCAGAAUCAAACACAAGGGGGAUCAAACCUGUACAGUAAGGAAGUGAAGACCGUCCGCCGGGUCACCACCGUUUGACGUCAUUGGUCCCAUCGUGAGAAGCGCUGUUUACAUAGUUUGUCCCGGAGCUGUUUUUUGGGGAUAGUUUUCCGUUAUAUGAGAUAAAGCAUGAAAUCAAACUGACCUUUUAGUUACUUCAAGGAGGUCACAUCUGCCGAAGAUCUUGUUGUCAUCCGUGCACUAAAACUCUGAUCUGUGUUUACACUGUUCAUGGCUUGGAUUUUGAAGGAGACCCAACGGGGAUGAAUUCAUGUACAGACAUUCACAUAUUAACACCACAUUGUAUGUAGAAUUUUGUCUAAUCAUUUUGUGUAAUACUUUUAGAUGUAACUUUCUUUCUUAGUCCUUUUUAUGUAUUUUCUAUUUUCUAUUUGGUAUUUAUUUUUAUUUUGAGCGCUUUGAUCAGUUCCAGUUUAGUGAACGGUUUAAAAAAUUGCUAACACAGAAUAUCUUUUAAGGAGUAGUUCACUUCAAAAUUAACUUUCCCUAGUAGAAAUAAAAUGAGUAUGGAAAGUGAACGGGGACAAAUUUUGAAGUGUACUACUCCUUUAAAAGUCUUAUAAUCUUUAAAAUCUAAGAAAUUUGGGGAUUAUUUACUGUUGAACAUUCACACAAUUCUAUGUUUUUAUUCCUUAUACUUGUAAUAGUCGACGAUGAGCAGAAUCAUGACAUAUCUAUGAAGAUCAAAUGUGAGUUUGUCCUGAUAUAACACGUGUCCAUAAUGUUGAACUCGGACGGCAGGUGAUGAAUAAGUUAGGCUCUCCCUCAGUAGGUCGCUCAAAGCUGUUGUGAUAUGAGAGGGUGAUAACAUGACGCUGUUGUUUCUGUUUGGGUCUCCAGACCAGUGUUAUCUUUCCUAGACCUGCUUGUGUUACUGAGGUUUUCAUUUGCCAUUCACAAGAGGUGGACCGGUGAUCGAGGUCAGGCAGACUUCUCCGGGGUAAUUUACAGGGCGCAGUGUUUGUCUCUCAGAGACAGAGUGUGUGAUGCUGAAAGUGAAUUAUGUUUUUUGUUUAGGAGCACAACAACAUAUUUACACGUUUCGGCAGGCACUUUUAUUCAAAGCUACUUAGAGAGCAUUGACAUUUAUUUUUAUAUCAGUGCAUCAAUGCAUUUCCUGAAUUCAGGUGCUUCACGUUGCCAUAGAAGAACCUUUUUUGUCUAAAUGGUUUCAUAAAGAAACGUCAACACCCAGAUAACCUUUCUGUUUCAUUAAAGGUUCCUUGUGGUGAAAAAAUCAUUAAAAAAAGGUAAGAAAGAGAUAGUUCUUUAAAGAACCUCUGACUAAAUGGUUCUUUGCGAAACCCAAAAUUUUAAGCACCUUUAUUUUUAAGAGUGUACAAACUAAGCAGCAGGAAUGGUCUUAAAGGGACAGUUCACCCCCAAAUAAAAUUUGGUCAUCAUUUAUUCACCCUCAUGUCAUUCAAAACCUUUCUAUGACUCUUUCUUCUGUGGAGCUCAAAAGGAGAUAUUUUGAGAAAGGUUUCAUGGUUUUGUGUUCAUACAACGGAAGUCUAUGUGAAUUAACACGGUUUGGUUACUGACAUUCUUCCAAAUAUCUUAUUUUCUUCCAGAACAGAAAAAUCAGAAAUCACACUGCUUUGGAAUGACACGAGGGGGGAAAAAUGUAAUUUAUUUUGGGGUAAACUACCCCUUAUGCUUGGGCCACACCAAAAGAUAAUCGGGCAGAUUUCUCCCCUACCGACAGUCCUAGGUGAAGUCCUGAUGAUCUUAAACAGCUCUAAAGAUGAUCUUAUCAGAUUUCCCUGUGGUGUGAUGUGUGUUAAGAGUGAAUGUACCUGAUCGGAAGAACAUCAGUGCCGCCCCGAUCGCUAAUCUUAAAACAUGUUGAAUAUAUACGAUCAGAAAUCCUGAUGUGAAGACAUAAAGACAACAAUAUUUGAGUUGCAACAAAAUUAUAUCUAGAGCUGUUCCACCUUAAAUGCUUCAGACGACGCUGCUUGAGCAAUUUCUCUACGAUGAAUAAUAUGACAUAAAAUGUUAUAGAGACACAUUUGUUAAUAUUUAACACAUAUAUAACAAACAAAGCUUACAUUGAAAUAAUAAAGAACUUAUUCUGAGAUUUCCUGUGUUCACAGUCAGGACUCUGUUUGAAAAUCUGUUGGUGUGUGGCGUGCUUUCCUUGUCGCAUCACAGCGCACCACACAUCAUAGGAGAAAAAUGAUUAACUCUAGGAUGUCUCUCCCCAUUAAAGACUCUUAUAUGAGUUCAAAAAAUCUUCUGGUGUGGCCCCAGCAUUAAAUUCAAAUUCUUCAAAACCAAACUCGUUCAAAUAAAGUUGCUCCACUCUUAACACUGUGUAAUUGACCCUGAAGAAAUGAAACCUAUUAGAAUCACUCAAAGCACUUUGAAACAAUUGAAGUCUACUUUUGACACAAUUGCGAUUCGCUGCAACGCUGAUCAAUAAGUUAGUAUGUCUUUGUGAUUGAAAUGUAAUCCUCACUAGUGCAUCCAGGUUCUUUAAGAGCUUCCACAGUCAGUUAAGUGACACUGUAUUAAGUGACUGGCUAUUAGGGAAUUGGAGAUAGAGGUAGUUGACAUGGUGGUGCUGUUAGCAUAAUUAAGACCCAUUUAAAUGUAUAUCACUUAAAACUGAUGAGGUAAGAGGGAUUAAAGGUCCCGGGUUCCCUGCCUUGUCCUGUGUCAGCUGGAAUCGGCUUCAUCACUUGAUGAAGCCGAUUCCAGAGAAUGAAUGGAUGGCAGAUUACUUAGCUUGUAACUUUAGAAAUAACGGUAAUAAUAUUAUAAAAAUGUGCAAAGGCAGCACCAAAAUAACGCUUGUUUUUACACAGAUGUCCCGAAUGCUCUUCCCAUCUGUUUGUCUUAAACCAUCUUAAAAUGUGAGUAAAUGUUGGCUGAAAAUCUUUUUAGACAAAUGAUAAAUGUCUUGUGACACAGGGCUACAGGCCUUAACACUUUUGGGAAAAUCAACGUACUUCACUUUAAACUGCAAUUUGAGAAAGUGUUUUAUUUAUAUUUAUUAUGGGUCAACUUAAAUCGUCUUCUGAAAAGUAUUCUGAGUCUUGUUAGUAAAAAAUAAUAUAAAUAUAUCAAAAUAAUUGUCAUGUGUUCAGUUAUUCAAAGUGAGGACAAAAGCAAUCUCAAAUGGGUGUUCAACAAAGAGAGUAAAUCCAAUUAGGAACAAAAGUCGGCACACCAGAGCUCCAAAAAUACUUUUUUAUUUAAAAAACUUUCACACGUCUGGUGUGCCAACUUUUGUUACU